CACUUCACACCACCAAACUAUAAUCUCUUAAUUAAGUUCUGCCCAAAACUCAUAUCCAAAACCUUAAUUCUAAAUAAUGUCUCCACUUCACUCCCACUCUAUCUUCUGCUCCAUUUUCAUGAGCAUCCUUCUUCAGUCAUCAACAACAUCAUCCCAAUCACAUCUCUGCAGAUCUUCUUGCGGCGACAUUCCAAUAAAUUAUCCCUUUGCCAUCGACGACGGUUGUGGCAGUCCUUAUUACAGGCACAUGCUCAUUUGCUCCGACAACAACACCAAACUCGAACUUAGAACACCAUCUGGUAGAUACCCUGUUAAAUCCAUAAGCUACUCUGAUCCUCACCUUCUUGUCUCCGAUCCAUUCAUGUGGAAUUGUCAAGAUCGAGACAAUUUUCGACCCACCAGAUCUUUCAGCAUCGAUUCAAGCACACACUUCACUGUCUCCCAUCAAAACGACUACUUGUUCUUCAACUGCAAUUCCGAGAAAGUGAUCGUCGAGCCGAAACCGCUAUUCUGCGAGAGGUUUCCUGAUAGGUGUGACUCGUCCUGCGAUAGCUCGAGCUAUCUAUGCAGGCAUUUGCCCGAAUGCGGAUCAGCUUUGGGUUCUAGGGUUUCUUGUUGCUCAUAUUACCCAAAAGCAACUCAGUCUCUUAGGCUGAUGCUACAGAACUGCGCGACGUAUACAAGCGUGUAUUGGAGGAGUACAGGUGUGGGAAAUGCACCCUACGAUCAGUUUCCGGAGUACGGGAUUAGGAUUGAUUUCGAAUUCCCGGUGACUAUGAAGUGCCUUUUAUGCCAAGAAACAACUAAAGGUGGUGGGGUUUGUGGAUUUGAUACGAGGACGCAGAAAUUCUUGUGCCUUUGCGAUCAAGGAAACGUUACUACUUAUUGUAAAGAUCCUAACUUCGUAAAGCAUAAACGCAUUGGAGCAGUCGCAGGAACGGUGACGGCAGUUUCAGCGGCCGGGGCGAUUGGCGUUGCGGGUGGAGUGUUUUGGUACUUGAGGAAAGUGAGAGCCAAAGCUCCGGUCACUUGUGGAGUUCAAAGCAAUGAGAACAGAGUUUUCUAAAAGCUCCAACGAGGGCAUAUUUUUUUCUAAAGGCGCGGAAAAGCAUGGCCACACUCUUCUUUUCUUCGUUUUUUUGUCUUUUUCUUUGUAUCUUUGAUUUUGUGUAUACUACAAGUUUGGGAUACAAGAAUUUUGUUGCGUUCUUCUAAUAGUUAAUUUUGUUUUUCUUGGUCAGAAUAUAUUAUAGUAGAUAGUUUGGUGCGUAUUAUUAACCAAACAAGAAAACUUAUGUAAACCUAUAUACAUGGACUGUAUCUUUUUCGAUAUUUAAGAAGAAUCACUCGAUUAU